UGUGACCGAAUAGUUUGUGUGUUGAGUGCAAGAUUUGGGCAAAUUCCUCGAAUGCCCUCCUAGGGGCGGCUUCGCAGUUCGCAUUGCUGUCUCUAGCUUGUCUUCUCUUGCCGCUUCUGCCUGAACGUCAACCUCUCUUUCACUCGUUUUCGAGCUGUUUCGUAUCUGCCGUUGGCUGCCGCCACUUUUUUUCGACGUUGAACUACACUGCGUUGGACAUGGACGCUGCAGAUCCUUCUCGAGCUUUCGUCAAAGACGUUAAGCGCAUUAUCGUCAAGGUUGGGACUGCUGUUGUGACCCGUAAAGAUGGAAGAUUAGCAGUCGGAAAAUUGGGGACGCUUUGUGAGCAGAUUAAGGAGCUUAACUCUCUAGGAUAUGAAGUUAUUUUGGUGUCCUCGGGUGCGGUUGGACUUGGUCGCCAAAGGCUUAGAUACAGGAAAUUAAUUAACAGCAGCUUUGCUGAUCUACAAAAGCCACAAGUUGAACUUGAUGGCAAAGCAUGCGCAGCAGUUGGACAAAACAGUCUAAUGGCCAUAUAUGAUGCUUUGUUCACUCAGCUCGAUGUGACAUCAGCUCAGCUUCUGGUGACAGACAAUGAUUUUAGAGAUAGAGAUUUCAGAAAGCAACUUACUGAAACUUUAAAAUCUUUGUUAGCACUAAAAGUCAUACCCAUAUUCAAUGAGAAUGAUGCAGUCAGUACUAGGAAAGCUCCAUAUGAGGAUUCUUCUGGUAUAUUUUGGGACAAUGACAGUUUAUCAGCUUUAUUGGCCUUGGAAUUGAAAGCUGAUCUUCUUGUUCUGUUGAGUGAUGUAGAGGGUCUUUAUAGUGGCCCUCCAAGUGACCCACGGUCAAGGCUUAUUCAUACAUACAUCAAGGAAAGGCAUCAGAAUGAAAUUACCUUCGGAGAUAAGUCUAGGGUGGGAAGAGGCGGAAUGACUGCCAAAGUAAAGGCUGCUGUAAAUGCAGCUGAAGCUGGAAUUCCUGUUGUUAUUACCAGUGGUUAUGCACCUGAAAAUAUCAUUAAAGUCCUUCAUGGUCAAUGUAUUGGAACUCUCUUCCAUAAAGAUGCUCAUAAGUGGGUCCCAGUAAAGGAGGUAUCAGCACGUGACAUGGCAGUUGCAGCUCGGGACUGCUCUAGACGACUUCAGGCUUUAUCCAAAGAAGAGAGGAAGCAAGUGUUGCUAAAUAUAGCUGAUGCACUGGAAGCAAAUGAAAAGGAGAUAAGGAUUGAAAAUGAGGCUGACGUCGCUGAUGCACAGCAAGCAAAUCUUGAUAAAUCCUUGGUUGCUAGGCUGCUUCUAAAGCCUGGGAAGAUUGCAGGCCUUGCAAAGAACAUCAGAACUCUUGCAAACAUGGAAGAUCCAAUUGGUCGAGUAUUAAAGCGGACAGAGGUUGCAGAGGGGCUAAUUCUGGAGAAAACAUCAUCUCCUUUAGGUGUUCUCUUGAUUGUUUUUGAGUCCCGCCCCGAUGCCCUAGUACAGAUAGCUUCCUUGGCAAUUCGAAGUGGGAAUGGGCUUCUCUUAAAGGGAGGCAAGGAGGCUAAGCGAUCAAAUGCAAUUUUGCACAAAGUAAUUACUGAAGCCAUCCCCAAAACUGUUGGUGGAAAACUUAUUGGACUCGUGACCUCAAGAGCGGAGAUCCCUGAGCUGCUUAAGCUUGAUGAUGUGAUUGAUCUGGUUAUUCCACGAGGCAGCAACAAACUUGUCUCUAGCAUUAAAAGUUCCACUAAAAUUCCUGUUCUGGGUCAUGCUGAUGGAAUUUGCCACGUCUAUGUUGAUAAGUCUGCCAAUAUGGAAAUGGCUAGGCGGAUUGUAUUGGAUGCAAAAGUGGAUUAUCCAGCUGGUUGCAAUGCCAUGGAAACACUUCUUAUUCACAAGGACUUAGCAAAGAAAGGUUUGCUCCAUGAUAUUAUUGUUGACCUACGGACUGAAGGUGUUACUUUAUAUGGAGGACCCAAGGCAAGCUCAAUGUUGAAUAUUCCAAAGGCGCAUUCAUUUCAUCAUGAGUACAGUUCAUUGGCGUGCACUGUUGAAAUUGUGGAUGAUGUGCAUUCAGCUAUUGAUCAUAUAAAUCUUUAUGGAAGUGCACAUACUGAUUGCAUAAUUGCUGAGGACUGCGAAGUUGCUGAAGUGUUUCUACGCCAAGUAGACAGUGCUGCUGUUUUCCACAAUGCUAGCACAAGAUUUUGUGAUGGGGCACGAUUUGGACUGGGUGCAGAGGUUGGAAUAAGUACAAGCAGGAUUCAUGCUCGGGGUCCCGUAGGAGUUGAAGGAUUGUUAACAACCAGAUGGGUACUUAGAGGAAGUGGACAAGUGGUUGACGGUGAUAGAGUUUGUUACACCCACAAGGACCUUACCACUUGAUCCUGUGUUUUGCAAGUAAAGGCACGCUCUUCAUCAACAAGGAAGGGCAAGGGGAUUGGUCUGAGCUUUAUUUUCUGUAUCUCGAGAUCUGGGCAAAUAGGCAAAAUGUGUGUUAUUAUUCCCUGUCGCUUUUCAGUAUUUUUCUAAAAUGGUGCACUUGACAACGGCUUCCUUCUUCAACACGGCCAUCGUAUAUGUAUGAUCUAGGAAAUAAUUAUAAUAUAAUAUUUAUGAUUUCUGUCUUGCUUGCUAA